GCAGUCAGUCAGUCUCACAACUAUUCGGCAACUUAACCCGAUAACAUCGUUUGUUCUCCAAAAAUUAUAUUUUGAAUAUUUUAAAAAACAUUUCCCUGGACGACUUCAAGAUGCCUUUCCAGUGCAUAAUCCAGUGCGUCCACCAGGUAGCACACAAUCUAAUCUCGACACGUCCUGUGACAACCAUGACACGCGGGGGGUGCCGUGCUCCGAUCAAGAAUAGCACCUUCGCUAAUGUGAUCUUCUUUGCGGCUAUAUUCUCGCCCCUCUAUGUCUGCCUGCUGAAGGAUGCCUUCAUCUUGUUGAAGGACAUAACCAACAAGAUGACGCAAGAAUAGAUGCCAUGGAUGCAGUUGCGUCUCAAAAUAUAUAGGGUGGUCUCUGAAAGCUCCUUCAGAUUACUACAUACACAUGCAUACAUAAGUAUGUAGCUUAAAACACCGCUCAAUAAAUGUUUGUGUAGCAUCGUUA